CCGUGGACGCGAGUAUACGAACGUCCUUCGUCGCCAAUUUUGAACGCGCACCUCUAUUUCUGAUUGAGUAAAACGAGACGUCGGGGAAUCCCGCGAAAAAUUGUGCGGUGCGUUUUUUCGACCAUUGGUGACCAUCUCGAAAAAAUUAGUCGAACUUUGAAAAUCUGCUGCUAAAAAGCGAAAUUAUCAGGAAGAAUGUUUUGUGACAUAGUUCGGGACAGUGUAUGAUAAAGUCUGAAGUCGCUGUAUUCAUCUUAAAAGAAUCCACCGGUACGAGAAAAAUAAUCCACAAUAGCGCCAAACGACAUCAGCAACACAAUGUCGGAGGGUUGCACGAGUUGCAGAGGCGCGAAUUAUACGAGUGGUACUAUGCAGUUAGGCACGACUACCGGAAGCUCGUCGUCUACGUCUGGAGCGACUUGUACAGCUACCAGAAAAGUCCAGAUCCGCGCAAAAGUGUUAUAUGGCACAGGCAAAGCAAUAGCGAGCUUGCAAGCGCAGGAGAAAGCGGCCAGACACUGACGAGCCUAGUUGUCUCUUCCCUCUCCUGCGCAUUAUCGAAAUCGAGGGAAGCGAAUGAUAAAGCAGAAUCUUACGCCAAGAGUCAAACAUCGAAUCAUGAAGUAAAAAUUUCCGGCAAACCCGAGCAAUCGUUUUUCACAUCAACGGCCGCUCUGGGAAAGCGAAUAAACAUUUCGUUGGAUUAUAAACAUCCUUUAAUAUCGGAGAUUCAAGAAAACAACGCAAAUAAUUCAUAUCCAGUCGAAACGGCGCAUUUGAAAUACGUACAGAGAUUGCUAAAGAGAGAGAUAGAAAAGAUAACAGCGGAUGUGUUACAGCCGAGAGAUUCCAACAUAAUCACGUAUAUUCCUAUGAAGGAGACGAAUCAGACAGAAGAUAGAAUCCGAUAUGAAUUGUUGAACGCAUCGCGCAUAUCUGAAAUCUCUGGAGUAACAGAAUCGACAGAAAACAAAAAAGAAUAUGAAGAAACUAGAAAAACGGAAGAUAGACUCAAAGAGGAAUUUUUGGACGGAUCGUUAAAUAACGCUGACGUUAAAAUUUCGGAAACAUUAAACAACGCAGAAAAUAACAAUUCACAAGUAAAAUUUUUUCACACACACACACAGAAACGGAACAAUGACGUUCAAACAAAUAAUUAUUUUAAUAGCAGUAGCAUUUCGUUGAUGGAAACACGUUCUAAACAAUCGGACAAUAUCUCGAGUUAUCUGAUCAAUACUGAAACACAGAAUGCUGAAUCGAGAGCCGAUAAUCAAACUCUGGAGAGUCGCGUCGAUAAACAAAAUUGGAAAUUUGAGGAAGACAGUUUGCUGGAAGCUGCGAAUUUUGGAUUACAAGCUAUGCAUGACCUUUAUUAUGUCCAAGAACCUAAAUUGUACUCAAUGGGUCUCUAUCUGGAGAGCGAUAAUCCAGCGAGAUACGUAGCAGCAUUUAAUGAUCAAUCAGAGGAAGCAAGAGAUCUUGCAAAAUUCGGAUAUGCGGCCCUUCAAGGUACUUCUAUGUUUUUAAAAAAGUUUCCUAAUACGUCGUUGGAAUUACCCUUAAUCCGAAAUAAACUCAUCAAAAGAACCUCGUUGGAACAACAAUGUCCACAAAGAGACCCACCUCGAUGUCCACCGGCUAGCCUAAGAUACAGAACGUCUGACGGCAGCUGCAACAAUCUGCAGAAUCUCUGGUGGGGUUCUGCGAUGUCUGUGAUGCGUAGAUUUCUUCCACCGGAAUAUCACGAUGGCGUUCAAAGUAUUAGAAGGUCGAAGAACGGAAGGCCGCUCCCAAGUGCACGAGAUAUCUCAAACUUAAUCCAUGAAAAUAAAGAUGUACCUCUAGCUUCCGUUACUCACAUGCUAAUGCAGUGGGGGCAAUUUGUAGAUCAUGAUUUAACAGCAACUGGCCAAAGCAGAGGAUUUAAUGGUACAGUACCACGAUGUUGCUUACAGAAUGGCAUCGGUUUUCAACUGGCAGAAUUUAUGCAUCCAGAGUGUCUUCCAAUAGCAGUGAAUUUGCACGACAAUUUCUAUGGUCCUUUGGGUGUAAGGUGUUUGGAAUUUCUCAGAAGCGGACCGGCUCCUAAGGAAAACUGUGAAUUUGGCGCGAGAGAGCAAUUGUCCCAAGUGACCAGUUAUCUGGAUGCCUCCAUGGUUUACAGUAGUAAUGCCAUGCAUAGUGAUAGUCUGAGAAUAUUCCGGAAUGGCUUACUGCAAUACGGAAGAAUACAAUCGCGGAGAUCUUCGCUUCUGAAACGUAAAUCGGAUUUAUGCAAACGCGGAUCUUUGUCUACAACUUGCUUCCGGGCUGGUGACGGACGUCUAAGCGAGCAACCUGCUCUCACGUCUCUGCACGUUGUCUUUCUGAGAUUGCACAAUAGGAUAGCCACGGAACUAUCAGCUUUGAAUUCUCAUUGGAGCGACGAGAAACUUUUUCAAGAAACACGAAGAAUCGUUGGCGCGAUAAUCCAACAUAUAACUUAUCGAGAAUUUUUGCCGAUCAUUCUUGGCCCUCAGGUGAUGAAAAUCUUUGACUUGGAACUUCUUAAAAAAGAUUAUUAUAAGGGAUACGAUUCGACAGUAAAUCCCACCAUUGCAAAUUCAUUUUCUACAGCAGCUUAUCGAUUCGGACACUCACUGAUCCAGCGGAGUUUUAUUAGAUUUGAUAGCAAUCACAGACCCAUUUUUAAUAAUGUUUCGAUUCAUGACGAGUUUACCAACUCUGCAAAUUUGGAUACUGCGGGGUCCGUCGAUCGCCUUCUUCUAGGCUUAGUAAAUCAACCAUGUCAGAGGCGGGACGAGUUCAUAACUGAAGAGAUGACGAAUCAUCUUUUUCAAACGCCUGGUUUUCCAUUCGGCAUGGAUCUUGCUUCCAUCAAUAUCCAGCGGGGUAGAGAUCAUGGUUUACCGCCUUACAUCCGAUGGCGUAAGCCUUGCAGCCUGACUCCGAUAAGAACCUUUGAGGAUCUUAACAAAGUGAUGUCACCGAACGUCAUAAGAAAAUUUAAAUCAUUAUACUUGUCGGUGGAGGAUAUUGAUCUCUUCUCUGCCGGUCUAGCGGAAAAGUCGGUAGUUGGCGGUCUAGUUGGUCCGACUUUCGCUUGUAUAAUCGCUCAACAAUUUAAUAAUCUGCGACGUGGUGAUAGAUUCUGGUACGAGAACCCCAACAGCGAAAGCAGUUUCACCAUCGGUCAGUUGCAACAGAUCAGACAAGUCACUUUGGCCCAAGUACUAUGCCAAACGAUGGACGACAUUGAAACCAUACAACCAUUUGUUUUCCUCGCGACAGAUACGUUGAAAAAUCAACGUUUCUCUUGCAAUGAUUUAGCCAUUGGACAUUUGAACCUUGAACUCUGGGCCGAACGGUCAUUCGAAUUAAAGAACAACGUCGACAACUCGCAAAAAGUUAAACGAGCAGUGACUGAUACAAGUUUCUCUAUUUCUAUGUCAAAAGAGGAAAACAUCCAACCUAGGAGAAAAGUUAAUUCGGAAAGUAAUCCUGAACAUACAAAAGUUACAACUCCAAAACCUUUUCGAAAUAAUGUUAAUCAAGAAAACAAAGUCAUUAUAAAAAAGCCACUUGUGCGUCCAAAUGAUAAUAAUGUCACGAUUGUGGUCCAAAAUAAUGCCAUAAACGCGCCUGUUUUCGUCAACGAAGGUAUCUAUGGUUCACAUAUCAAAGUUCAGGAACAGGUUCCUAUUUUUCAACCGCAGGGAAAACCUAUACCGACGACUAUCCCUCAUGCACCAAAUUUUCAUUUAGCACGUCAACCGUAUGUUCCAUACUCUUUUAAUGAUCCCCAUAAUCCAAAUCCGCCAGCCUAUGGAUAUAGAUUGCCUUCUUUCACACAGGAUGACAUAUUUUACGACAACUUAUACUCUGCCACUAGUCCCAGACCUACUCUCUACACUUAUUACACAAAUUUUCAGCAGGCCACUACGCCAAAGAUCGACGGUUACUUGAUUAAUUACGGACUUUUAAAUCACAAUUCAAUUCCACCAUAUCCUUACGGAGAAUCUAAACCUCAAGAAAAUUUCGGACAUUAUGAUUUGAAAGAUGAACAAAAUUUAGCGCAAAAACCAAAUUACGUUGAUCCUAAUCAUUCGAUAAACAUGGGAUUAACCAGACCAAAUUAUGUAUCAAGUGAUAAAUCUUAUACACAUAAACCAAAUCAUAAUGAAUAUAAAUAUCCAACAACCACGCGACUCCGACCAAGUUAUGCAACGAACGAUGAAUUUUAUUAUACACACAGACCAAGUUAUAAUAGACGUAAACCUUCAACAACUAUACGAUCGAAUUCUCGACCGAAUUAUGAAAUAAACAAUGAAUCUUAUCAGACUCACAGACCAUAUGGUGGAUAUAAACCUUCCACGAAUGAUGAAUUAUAUCACGGAUCAGAUUACAAUACACCUAAACCUCCGGUCAACUCGCGACCAAGUGAAGAUUUGAAUCAUGCGCAAAAACUACUUUAUAAUGGAUUUACAUCUCCAAUAAACUUCCAACCAGAUAAACCAAAUCAGGAACCAUAUGAUAUACAAAAACUGAGCGAUGUCGGAAAUUUACAUUUACAACAUAGUGAUUUAAUUAACGGACUGAAUGAAGGUCAUUCCAUUAAUCUUAAUAAAUCACAAUAUCAGGAACAAUGGAACUCGAACGAUCAAAAGAGACUUGGCGAGACACCGUAUAAUCACGACGGUUUUAAUCUAUAUCAGAGAAAGCCGAAUGUUAAACCACUAAGUUAUAGUACUGUUAAGACCCAUCAAACAUUUUUUACUACUAAACCAAGUAAUGAAUAUAACUCUCAACUUUGGGGAAAGGAUUCGUUGCAGUCUAUCAAGGAUUCUGUACAAAGCGGACUUUAUGGAUCUGUUCCCAGUUCUGAAACGAAUAUUCCUUCAUAUCAAAAAGAUACAUUUACAGAUUCUACUGUUUCGUCUUCUAUAAAUAAUAACUACGAUCGAUACUUUGACACUACUCCGAUUUAUCAAAAAAUAUUGUCAUCUACUCAAAGUGAUUGGACAGACGUCUUAUCUCAAAGUACUCAAUCUCCUUUUAGCAAAGAUAUAUCUCCAUAUAAUUUAUUUCUAUUCAACCAGACAUCAACAAGUCAUUCGACCUAUCAGAAAAAUGAUCAAUCAAAAGUGCCUUCAAAAGUAUUAGACAACAAACCUUUUGUUAAUGUAAAUUCACAUGAACAUAAUUCUCAUAAAAGUUCAUCAAAAUUAUCUAAUUUAAAUGAGCAAUUAUUAUCCAGCACUUCAUAUUGGUCAGAAACUUCAACAAUUGGUAUUCAAGUACAUAAACAAGAGGAAAAUUUAAAUCCUAAACAAACAAAAGUGCAAAGUGUCACAAUCGUCAAUGAAACGAUCGAAGCAGUCCACCAUCCUGGUCAUACCGAAUGGAUAUCUCAACAUAAAACUACUAGUGAAAUUUCAAAACCAUUGGUACAGCAGAUAAAGAGCCAUGUACCUGUUAUUAAGAAAGCCGGACAGUAUUAUUAUGAGAAAAAUGUAUUGUAUCAAUAUCCACAUGAAACAGUUACCCAAAGUCCCAAAAAUAAUCCCUAUUUGACAGACAAAUCUGACGAAAUACUUAUUCGGGAUCAAAAAAUGACAUCCGAGAAAAUUACAGUAGAAACAUCAGUUAUUGACAAUCCCAUAACGAACUCUGGAGUGAUUCAAAACGAAAAUAAAUUAAGAACAACACCUAUGCUUGCAAUCACUGUUUAUGAUAAUCAUGCAGGUGACGUGGACAAUGUUUAAAGUGCUUUCUCAGUAGAUAUCGAAAGUGCACCGACUGAUGUUCCCCCGACAAAUAUUUCUCUUAAAUUUUGUUCACAUAAACAACUACACUUUGAAAUCGUAACAUAUACAUGCUUUACAUAUAGACUACAGACAAGCAUGAUGUUUCAUUGG